AUGCAGUUCACCGCCACCAUCUCUACCUCGCUCCUCGUCAUCGUGCUGGCCACGAUGGCCUCGGCCUCUACGAUCGUCGAUGUCAAGCGAGACAUCAUCACGAUCGAUGCCUCGAUCGUCAACCUGUACCAACACCUGCAGGCGCCCAGUCCGAACGCGUUCACCGCCUUUGCUGCGCACCAAGCGUCAAACCAUCUCAUUGCCGACAUCCGCGCUGGCUCCACGUGCAUCUCGCAACUCACCGAGAAACCUACGGAUGCCGAUGCCAAGUUGAUGCUCACCACCCUGGGCAAGACGGAGACCAAGGCCAAGGCGGUGGUCAACAAGAUGAUCGCUUACUACCCCAAGGUCACCGAGAUGGGUGGACUCAAGAUGGCCACGAACACGGUGCUGGAGCUGCAGAGCCAGGUGAAAACCUUUAGCGAGCAACUGGUCAGGUUGGCGCCAAUGGAGGAGAUGGGCGCCGCAAAGCAGUUGGGCGCACGAUUCAAUGCCGAUCUUACUCUGUGCGCCGAUGUGUACACCGGCAAGACCAGCCCAGAGGCCGCCGCAAAGUCCAACGGUGGAUUGGCGUACAACACCGAAGCUGGCACUACCAAUGUGGCUGAUCAGGCCACGACCGACGCCACUGCUCAACAGGCUUAG